UAAAUGAUGACAGAAUUUUCAUUUUUGGGUGAACUAUCCCUAUGUGAUGACCAUUUAAGUCCAUAGAGAGACGUGCAAAAUAAACAAACAAAAAAUCUUAUUAUUUCUUUUCAUAAAAUACAAAUGAGCCUGUAAAUAAUGGCCUCCAGUGUUUUAUCAGCUUUCCAAAAGACAACAAUGGCCAGAAGAGGGCGACAACAUGACACUUAUGAAAUUUUAAUUUUAGAUUCUAAGCUAAAACAGCUUAAGCAAAAAAAAAAAAGAAAAGAAAAAAAGAAAAGAAACUGUAAAAAAAGAAAAGUAAAGAAAAAAUAAGAAAAAAAAACAGGCUUUUCUAUUAAAGAUAUUGGACAGAGAAUACACCUGAAUCAGGUCCAGAUGAAACACUCCCCGGGCAACAGGACGCAGAUUAGAUACAAGCUGUAUGAAUGCGCACGUCCGGCCAGCCAGCUGCGUGCGCGUCAUAGAAACGGAGCGGGUGCGAGUCUAAAACAAACUCACGAGAGCAGCACAUUUGAAAAGUCGCCCAGAGCAGACGCGCGAGUCUCUGUGCAGUCAGAACUUCUUGGGAAGAACUGCAAGAUAGGAAAGUGUUUUUACCAGUCAUUGAUAAAUAACGUAUAGGUGACAGUUCAUUAUUUUACAUCCACAUGGAUAUCAAAAGUAGGCAUAUUUGAUGAAAAGUUAACUAGACUAAAAUGUCAGUAAUCAGCGGGAGCGGGUAAAAUGUGGAUAGAAUCAUGGAAUUUCUGGAAGUGAUAUUUUAAAUCAAUCUAGACCGGAGCUGGAUGAUUCCUAAUACUGGAUUUGGACAACAAUUUUGGAUUUAACUCCACUGACUGAUUUAAAUCUCAUGAGCUGAUGGAGUAUUUUCCCGAAUCAUUGCUAGUUCGUUUAAAGCUCGCUUAACCCCAAAACGCCAGUUUAUCGGGCGCGCUCUGUUUGAGAGGAACUGGCAAAUUAAAGCGCAUCUUGCCGGUAUGGGGCGCCUGCUGAACUGCCUAGUCUUGGGGUAUUUGACAUGGAACCUGCGGAUAUCUGAUGCCCGGGGAGAGUACUGUCACGGCUGGCUAGACAGCAGUGGGAAUUAUCAUGAUGGCUUUCAGUGUCCGGAGGACUUUGAUACGGCGGACGCGACGGUGUGCUGCGGGAGCUGCUCGCUGCGCUACUGCUGCGCGGCGCCGGACGCGCGCCUCGACCAGGGAACCUGCACGAACGACAGAGAAGUGGAGAACAACACGCAAUAUGCUGCCCAGCCCAUCUACGUGCCCUUUCUGAUGGUGGGCUCCAUCUUCGUGGCAUUUGUAGUGGUGGGUUCUCUGGUGGCCGUGUACUGCUGCACCUGCCUGCGACCCAAGCAACCCACCCAGCAGCCAAUCCGCUUCUCGCUGCGCAGUCAGGGCGAAACCAUCCCCAUGAUCUUCACCACAGCCCCUCCCAGCCAGCGCACGCCGUCACGCCAGUCCAGCACGGCCACCACCAGCUCCAGCUCAGCGGGAGGAGGGAGCUCAGUCCGUCGCUUCUCCCUGGGCCGUGGUGACACGCUGGGGCAGUGUUCGCAACAGCAGCUCCUGAUGGUCUCAUCUUCCUCAGCGUCUACUCCUGUGUCCAUGACCCCGACGCAGCCCUUACUGCCUCCACCUCCUCCACCGCCCUAUACCUCACAGCAGGGCCUACAGGGCAGCAAUUCCCUCCAGCACACACAUGGUCACAGCCAGUUACAGCUGCACCACCAGACCCUGCAAAGCUCAGGGUUCCUCCUGCCACAACAAUACUUCUUUCCCCUACCGCAGGAAUCCUUCUCUGGGAACAAGGGCUUUGCUGACUUCGGCCAGAGCUGACCUGGGCUUCUCGGCUGCUGCUCAAAAAGGAGACGGACACCAAAGAGUCGGUCAUUCACAAUGUGUUGUUGUAGACUCAAAUUACAGGGGCUCCCGCUCAAGGAAACUAAUACGUCUUUCAGCAUGUGGGAGUGCAGCUGGAAUUUAAGAAAGCCAUGUGGAGCACUAAAGCUGCUGAGAUAGUAAACUAUCAAUCUGACAGACUCUCAGGUGCUGGAUACAACACACCAGAACAUGGACGCCUACUUCAAAGCACCUAUAUCUACAAUUGAUCAUAUUUUGUAUGCACUUUCAAUCUGCUUCUAUGAUAUAAGACGUCUUAUUUUUGAAAAAUACACUUUUGAAAAGUCUGGCUUGUCAAUGACACUCCACUGAACAUUUAGCCUCUGUAUUUGAGGUAAUUUGAUUAAGGAAGAACAGAUUAUAAGAAUUUUUUUCUUGACAAUCUCAGUCCCGCACAAGUCGUGCACACAAAUAGUGCCAUGUAUGAAGAAGGUUUUAUAGAAAUGGUAUUAGAUUAAAGGUUUAGUUACCAGACUGAGAUUGUUCAUAAUGUUUAAAACAGGCAUUCAUCAUGCGUCAUUCUUGAUAAUAAUACAUACAUUAUCGGUCACAUCAGGAGCACGUUAACAUCAUAUGAAUGCACAGAACUUCUGUUUUUAAUGUCUGGAGAGCGUUCAUUCUUCAAUUUUGUAUAAUUUGUAGAAAUUUAAGCCAUUAUUGGCUCCGUUUCAGAUUACAUUGGCAACAGAGUUUGUAUUUUUUUUGUUAUAUUUGACAUGAGACAUUUUGUAAAUGAUCAGGUGUAUCUAAAUGUACAGUCCAGCUGGAACCACAUCAUGUGAUGAGACAGCCUUCAACUAAGUAUUAUGGUCUCUAACCUCAAUGUUUUUGAGCUAAAUUAAACUGUUUUAUCUUUCA